AUGUCUGAGGAUUGGGAUGACUUAUUUAUGUCUUCGGAAGAUUUUUUCACUACUAAUAUACAAACAGAGCGAUUAUUAACAAAUAAGAGUAUUGAAACAACUGAAAAGAAAUUCAGGUGCUUCGAUUGUUUAGGGGAUGUCAAUCCAAACAAAAUAGAAUUGGAUGCAAGCAGUUAUUACAGUGUUCAAGAUGAGUGCAAUUCAGAAAAGUUCAAUAAAGCAGUUAUUAUCGACAAUAAGUGUGGAUGUGUUACUUUGUUUGACAAGCAGUGGGACAAGAGUUCAUUAUUGAAUAAAUAUUUGGAUUCUUUUUUUAAAAUGGCCAGCAAAGAAAUGUUAAUAAUCGAACAAGCUGCCAUGUUGAAUGUGAACGUUCUUUCAAAUUUUCCAUCUGGUUGUAACACACAGCAGAAUUUCAAGAAGUCAAGAUUUUAUUGUGUGGAAUAUUUUCUUUUCCUGAGAGAUGUCAUCAAAUGUUUAUGUUCUGAUGUUACGUACUAUUGGAUAUUAAAAGAAAUAUAUCCGAGAUUGAAAAAGCAAUUAAAAGCUCUAAAAAGAAAUCUUGGUAGUUUAAUCAAUCUUCCUGAUUAUAUAUAUGCUCAUUCUGCAAACUCCAGUGGCAAUAAAUGUUCACAUGCCUCUUAUCACUUGAUGCAUUUGCAUUUUGAUUUGAAGUGGAUUCUUCUCACGUCUCUGCAAGCUAUGUCAAAAGCAAGCUUCAAAAUCGGAAAUGAAACUGGUAUCACCGAUGAAAUAGAUUCUGAAUAUGUUUCUAACCAGGCUGAAUCAAUGAUAACUGAACUUUUAGAAUUAUCUAUCAAACGUUUUGAGAAGCUUGGAAUCACUCAGUUAAGGUUCAAGUCACCAUUUGGUUGUAGUUGUGUUCAAGAGUUAUGGCUUCUAAUUAUAAAAUUUUGUAACAAUAUUCUUCUUGAAGAAAAUGGAAAAGGAUUUUGGGAUAUUAUCAACACUUUUUUAGAUGUUAACACACAGUUAAAAAGAGAUGAAGGUGAAGUUUCUGAUACUUUGCUUACUUUUUUCAAAAAUAACAUUUCAAAAUCGACUAUAUUUUCACUGUGGUUCUUACAUCAUAUCGCCAGAUUAAGUAAUUACACAGGAGAGACUUCCUCUAGUUAUCCUCUUCUAGAAUCUAAUUUAAAAUUUAUGUUUAAUCAAGAUAUAAAUGAAAGUAAUUUAAGGAUCUGUAUGUUUUUCAUCGAGAAAUUAUGCCUUGAAAUUUGGGAACCUAAACCCCAAACUGUGCUUAUACUUUGGGAAUACUUUUACAAGAAUAUAAACAAUUCUUUCUAUAUACCUGGUGCACCACCGAAUACAAUAGCCUUUAUGAGCAAAACUGCAGCUGGACUUGUUGAACAAUCACAUUCUUUUCUGAAUGAUAUUAAUAAUGUAUCCGACACCUUUCAACAUUUUCUUAGAAUUUUAGGUUUGCAUUUACAAAAGACAAAAGACACUCCAAGGAGUUGGAACCUUUUGAAAGGAAGGCUAUAUUCAAAAUUGUCUUUAGCUAAAUAUGAAAGUCUUUCGCAAGUUGGAGAGUAUCAUUUCGUUUCUCUGUUUCUUACCGUGGCUAUAGCUCAGGACGUUGUUCAAAUUGAAUCAAAAAUGAAUGAAAUAGUCAAUGCUUACUUAAAUAAAAAUAAUUGCCUCAAUGAAAGGCUCCUCAAAGGACAAUUAGCAAUGGUGAUUCUUCUGUUGGGAGUAGAAAAGGACAUAUCUUGUGCACUCCAACCAGUGGCCAACUACAUUUCUUCUUUAAACAUUAAUGAGGAAAUAGAAAGUAUUAGAAUGUACGUGGAGUCAUUAAGGGAAAUCUUAAAUAUGGACCAGCCUCUGACAUUUGGACAGCAUUUGCUUAUUGAUAACUGGAUUUCUAGUUACCUCUGUUUUUCAUCUGAUAAUGAUAUAUCCAGAUUUUUGGAUAUAUUGAUUGGACUAUUGAUCAAAUUGAAGAAAUCAUGUAAUUUUGAAUCUCCAGACCAACGGGAGAUAUUAAUAAUGGAGAAGCUUUGGGAACAAUUAAAUGGGUAUAUUGUAAGUGUAACAUCUCUACCGACUUUGCCCCACCAGAUCUCUGACAUUGCUGGUGAACUGGCAAAUGUCUCAUUAUUAGUCGGCAACAAAACUAGGUUUAUAGAAACUGUUAAUAUGUUCACAUCCAAAAAUAUUUCUGAUAUUAGUAUUUUGAGGAGGUUUAUUUGUAAUGUAAUGAAGACGGAAACUGCUAGGGCUUAUUUGCCACAGUGUGACAAAAUCAUUCUGAAGACUUGGAUCCAGUGCUGUUUCAUGUGUCCGGAUGUUGAACAUGCCGAAAUGCAGGAACUGACGAGAGCUGCUUUGAAGCUUCCUGAAAUUUAUCUCUUCCUCGGCACAGGAGUUGAUGAAUUAAUAAAUUCUAAAGAUCCCCUUCUAGAUUUUCUUUUGGGGUUACACUGCAAAUAUAUUGAAGAGGAUGAUAUCUUCAAGAAACAAACUCUUCGUGAAAAGUUGUCCAUGUAUUUUGAUGGUCUGGACAAAUGUGUUAAACCUUUCAUAGCCAACCCCAGAGAUGUUGAUCAGAUCUUAAGGCUCUACACUACUGUCGGCAAUAUGUUUAGACUUGUUUCACCUCUUCUUUACAUGAAGUCUAAGCCUAACACCAUCUUACAACUGUUUAUCGAUUUACUUCUACUACCAUUAGCUGUAAGAAAACCAGAGGCAAAGAUCCAUCCUCACAUCCUAAGUGCGAUCAAACUUACUCUACAUUUAUUCAUCGAAGGUUUAUUGCAAUUAGAUCCUGGAAGUGAUCUAUACAUCGCAAGGAUCCUGAAGGAGUUGAUAGCAACAUACGUUCCACGAUGUAUGAAUGCUCAAAAUUAUAACUCUAUCAACUGCACCAAAUUUGUUUUAGUUACUUCAUUUGAUGUUUUUGAUGAACGAUCUAGGAGAGUGAUAAUGAAUGCGGUCUGUAACAACUUCUUAAAAAGGAAAUCUAGGGUUGCUCAUGAAUUUGCCUUUUCUGCCUUGAAGUUUAUAAAAGAAAUCGCCAGCCAACAUAAAACAAAUGAAGAUGUAAUGAACACUAUAAUUGCAACUAGCGUAGAAAGAGUAUGUGAUGUGGUUAUGUAUUGCGACGACAAAACAAAUGUGCACGCCCUGGCCAGGACUGUGUUAAAUUUCAUUUUGAAUAAUCAGCUGAUCAGAACGAGUAACAUGCUAGGAGAUUCACUGAUGUCUGUGUUUUCAUCACUAUGUCAUGAACACCUUGCGUGGUCUUCACGGCAGUUAUUUGAACUCUUCACUUUGAUUUCCUCUGAAGCACCUGAUCUGGUGAAGAGAUUCGUCCCGAUCUUGCAUGAACAAAUCAAGGAAGUUGAGACCAAGAGAGGAGUAGGUUACGAUAGGAUGCUUAGGUUGGGUCUCGAAAAAAUAGAAAUGAAAUUAAGAGCUAUCAAGAAUAGUAUUUAGUAUUGAUUUAUUUUAAAUUGUAUUCAUCACCUUAAAAGGCUGUGAUAUGUUUUAACUGAGCAUUACUACUUAUUUUAUUGUAAAAAAAAUUGUUUUAAAAUCGAAUUGUUAUUAUUGAUUGAUUGGAAGAAACAGUUCUCAAAGAUAAUGUAAUACUUCAUCAAUUUAUUUUUAUAUAUAGAAGUGUAUAGACAUGUGUAUAUAUGUAAUAUUUAUGCAAAGUAAAUUUUAUUCUUAUUAUUAUAAUUGUAGAUUUAUUCAAGGUGUUCCCUUAUAUUCAGACAAUGGCUUAUGUUAAAUUUUCAAAUAAUUUUAUAUUAUCUUAUGAUUUAGUUUAAAGAAAUAAAAUUUGAACCAUUAUAACUCUUAUAGGGUCUUGGGUUCAGUGCUUUGUAAAGAAGUACUGUUUCAAGACUAAUGGUUGUGCG